AUGACAACAAUCGAAACCGGUCAGAAAACUCAAAAGCAGCCAUUGUCAUCUUUUAAAAGGUGGGGAAGGAGAAACCCAUUUGUGAGAUAUGGACUUCCGAUGAUAUCUCUCACAGUAUUUGGAGCACUCGGGCUCAGUCAACUCCUUCAAGGCAGUAAGGAUAUCGCAAAGGUAAAAGAUGAUCAGGAAUGGGAGAUUAUAGAGACAAGGAAGGCGCUUUCGAGAACAGGACCCGUUGAUGCUUAUAAACCUAAAAAGACAUCCAUCGAAGAGGAGCUCAAGGCUAUGGAAGGGAAGGUGGACAUAAACGCGUACGAGUACAAGAAAAUUCCAAAGAUAAACGAAAGCCAGUCGAGUUAA